GUCGGAAUUCAGUUCAGUGCAUCAUGGCGCGCCUGCACUGGCGCAGGCUGCAGCAUUGAUACUUACUGAUACAUAAUCCGAGUGCAUUAUGACUCGGAUUCAUGGUCUGAAGAGAGCUGCCCAGGAAAAUGAUUAGGAGACUUGUCCCCUUAGGCUUCAGAGUCGCCUGUCUUCCCCUUUUCAACUUCGGCGCCUUAGCAUCGUUCAGCUGACCCAUGGCAACCAACAGCACUGGUACUCCUGGAUCCCCUUGGAGGUGCUGAAUGACUCUUCGUUUGCAACUCGCAUGGCGGCAGCAAUUGACAGAGAUGAUAGGACCGUUGACGAGAAGAUAGAGCUCUUAGCGCUCGCUUACCGCUGCUCAGAGGUGUUCUCUGUGGGUGACAGCAGCAGCUCAGACACCGCAAAGAGGGGCAUGCCUAGAGACACUCUUUAUCGGGCGCUUGAUGCCCUGCUCACAGAGAAUGGCUGUGAAUGGAGAUCACUCAUAUCAGGAGGCCAGGCAGGGAAGCUGCUCAACACGGCAGUCCAGGAGCGUUUGGAAGGCGGUGAACGGCCCCUGGACUUCCCUUCGCCGAUCUCAGCCAACAAUGCGGCGCGUGGUCAUGUCGGCAAGGCUUUGCACGACAUAUCCAACCAGAAAGCAGCUCAAAAGCAGCUCCCAGGCUCCGCUGCAUCCACAGCAAAGCUAAAAAACCAAGCAUCUGCGCUGGUGGCACUCUCCGCCUCAAAGCCCUCUGAACCAUUUAUCUUCUCCCCUGGCUGCACCAAAAGGCAUCGGAAUAUUCUGUACCGCGAGGGUCUUGUGAUCAAUGCGAGCAACGUCAGAGCGAUUGGGAAGAUUAAGCAGUGGCACGCGCCCUACCGUACGUUUGAUGACAGCCAGUGCAGUCCUGCGCUGAGCGAUUUGAUGCGAAGGGUGGGCAACGUGGAAUCAGAGAGCCUCGUCUUCGACGUCGCGUACCAAAGAUGGCUUCUAAACCGAAGUCGUCACCGCAGAGUGUCAAGAAGGAGGUCUCCGUGCUUCCCAAGCUGCCAAGCCCUUACGACUUCACCCCGCAGUCCCUGCAUCCUGGGGCUGUGGUUGGGGUGAAGGACACGGAGGACUACUUUGAGAUGUACGUCUACGUCGGCGCUGGUUCCAUAACUACGUUCAAGCCAGAGAGAACUACCCCAGGGCUGCCCUUCCAGAGCUUGGUGCUCGGUGGUGAUGCCAGCGGCAUCAUGAUCGACGAAGAUGUGAAGAUUGGGAGUGAGAGCGUCCGCAUUACAAGGAACGUGGAGGAGCUCGAGCAAUCUUCCUUUCCGCUUCAAUGGACAGUCAGCAUCCCCUUGCCGGAGGACGUCGACACGUCAAUCAGAGGAAAUAAAAGGGUCAAGAACGGUGUACAGGCGGUCUACUUGAAGAAACGGAAGUUGGAGGAAAAAAUCAUUGUCGAAGAUUGGCUCGAAGAGCUCAACUCUGAGUCAGAGUAGAAGCUUGUUGUGUUCAACAAGGCCCGUUGGCCUAGGUUAAUGGAAUUGGUGGGUGGUGGACGAUCGGACAGGAUUUGGCCAAGGGCACUAGCAGAUUAGGGUAAUAGAGCACUUCAAGUCCCACUAUUUAUUGAAGUGGUUCGAGGCUUUUUGCUUUGUAAUUGUAACACUGCUUGUCAAAUAUGGAUUAAACUUCGCGCUCGUGAACUCUUAGUUCCAGGAGCUUAUAUUCCAUUUGGAGGAUAUCACUGUCCAUUGCUCUUGGGCAUUCUAAUAAACAGCAUAAGGAUCUCAGGCUCAUGCGUCAG